AUGAAGCUUCAACACCUCUCUGUCCUUGGCCUUCUAGCCACACCACUUCUUGCCCACCAAGAAGCUUCAACAGAAGUGCUAAAACGUUCCGCAAACCUCUCCAAGCGAUGCGCUUCUGGAACUGCAAACUACAACAAACGUCGAUAUGAACGACGAAAUGCAGAAGCUCUCGCGAAACGAUCUGGAAACGCGACAUACUCUAUUACUACCGAAGCGCCCUACUACGAUGUUCUCAAAAAUGACACUUGUGUCUUGGCCGCCGAUGUCACUGCUGGACCAUACUACUGGCCUCGAUCCGAGACUCUCCGUCAAGAUAUGACCGAAGGCCAAGCCGGUAUUCCUCUAACUCUUGACGUGGGAGUUAUCGAUAUGGCCACAUGUGAACCACUUCCUAACGCGCUCGUUGCUUUUUGGCAUUGCAAUGGUACUGGUAGUUAUUCCAGUUUCACCGGUCGAGACGCCAACAUUCCGUUCCCAACUCUGCUUAAGGAGAUGAAUAUCACGGAUUACCAAAUCGGUGUUACGGAUAUACACACAGAUGAUUCAACUUGGUUGAGAGGAAUGUGGCCUACGAAUGAUGAGGGAAUGUUGGAGAUGAAGACUGUCUUUCCUGGUUUCUAUGUUCAAAGAACCAUUCAUAUUCAUGCUCAAGUUUUCACCGACUAUGUCCUCCACUCUAACGGUACCCUUUUAACUGGAAACUCAAACUCGAUCGGUCAAUUCUAUUUCAACGAUACUGUCACCGAGACAAUCAUGGCUCAGGAACCUUAUGUGAGCCAUACUCAAAUCAACCGCACCACAAAUGCUGAGGAUAAUUACUAUUCGGAUGGAUUCGCUCAUGGAUAUAAUCCAGUUAUGGAUAUUGUUGCAGUUGAUGGAGAGGAUAUCACCAAGGGAAUGAUUGGGUAUAUCACCAUUGGAAUUGACACUACGAACAACCCUGAAUUAGACCCUAGACCCUAG